GCGCGGAGGCCAUCUUGGCGCGGGACGCGCGCUCCUCCGGUCGUCCUCGUCCUCGCUGAGCCGGAUCCCCGCGCCGGACACCGGGAUCCCGACCCCGAUCCGCGAGUGCAGCUUCCGCAUAGGCGCUCGCUCGGAGCCAGGCCACCGUAGCUGAGGGAAGAUGAUGGAAGAAAGUGGAAUAGAGACCACUCCACCUGGGACCCCUCCCCUGAACCCUGCAGGCCUGGCCGCCACCAUGCCCUCCACUGAGGUUCACUUAGCUGCAACCAGUUCCUUCUCAUCUCCCAGUGUGUCUGGGAUGGAGUCUCUGACACCACAUGCCUAUUCCACGCCUCAGCCGUCCCUGCCCCCUGUGCAGCCGUCAGCACCCCCUCCUUUUGUGCCGCUGUCUACAGCUCCUUCGUCGGCUCCCCUGAGUGGCACUUCAGUGCCACCAUCGGUGUCUCCGUCCCCUGCCAUGGCCUUCAGCAGCCCUUCCUUAUCCCCCUUCCCACCUGCGACUUCUGCCUCCGGUGCACUUUUAUCUGCGCCACCUUCGGGUCCUCCGAUAUCAGGAUUUUCUGUCGGUACCGCUUAUGAUAUCACAAGGGGCCAUGCCGGGAGAGCGCCCCAGACACCGCUGAUGCCAUCCUUCUCUGCGCCCCCAGUCACAGGUAUUCUGCCAGCCCCCAUCACUCAGCAAGCCAGUAUGUCUCUGGCACAGGGACCUGGAACCACAUCAGCCAUUACUUUCCCCGAGGAGCAGGAAGAUCCUAGAAUUAUUAGAGGCCAGGAUGAAGCACCUGCCGGUGGGAUCUGGGGCUUUAUCAAGGGCGUUGCUGGGAAUCCUAUGGUGAGAUCUGUGCUUGAUAAGACCAAGCAUUCAGUAGAGAGCAUGAUUACGACGCUGGACCCCGGCAUGGCUCCCUAUAUCAAAUCUGGAGGUGAAUUGGAUAUUGUUGUAACCUCAAAUAAAGAAGUGAAAGUGGCUGCUGUUCGAGAUGCCUUCCAGGAAGUCUUUGGCUUAGCUGUGGUUGUGGGGGAAGCUGGACAGUCCAAUAUCGCCCCACAGCCGGUAGGCUAUGCAGCUGGAUUAAAGGGUGCCCAGGAACGCAUAGACAGCCUGCGGAGGACGGGCGCAAUCCACGAGAAGCAGACUGCUGUGUCAGUGGAAAACUUCAUCGCUGAGCUGCUGCCCGACAAGUGGUUUGACAUCGGCUGCUUGGUGGUUGAGGACCCAGUGCAUGGCAUCCGCCUGGAGGCCUUUACUCAAGCCACACCGGUGCCUUUGGAGUUUGUGCAGCAGGCACAAAGCCUGACUCCCCAGGACUACAAUCUGAGGUGGUCAGGCCUUUUGGUGACAGUGGGGGAAGUCCUGGAAAAGAGCUUGGUAAACGUCAGCCGGACUGAUUGGCACCUUGCUUUCACUGGCAUGUCUCGCCGACAGAUGAUCUACAGCGCCGCCAAGGCUCUGGCGGGCAUGUAUAAGCAGCGCCUGCCACCCAGGCCCAUGUGAGACCAGCCGCUGGGACAUGGAGACCUGCCGUCACCCGGCUCUGUUAGAGGAGACUGGAUAGUUCAGAGAAUCCAACAGUUCUUACAAUUGUCCUGUGGGCUGCAGUCCUUUUAAAAGAAUAAACAAUGAAAUAAAGGCACAGCAUAUUCCAGUAAACAGAAGAAGUAGAUCCUCUUUUCACUGUUGUGAUUUCAUAUGUCCUAGUUCCCCCAAAUAUACACAUAUAUUUACAGCACAAUUCAGUAUACCAAAUUUCUAACGUGGAAAUCCGUGUUCACAAAUAGAUGAUUGUCCUCGGCUCUUCUGGUUUCUUAAGAACAGGUCUCUGUUACCUGCCCUGUUAAUCCUGUGUCGUCUGUGUGUGCACAUGAUCUCAGGUUUGGCGGUGAGCAGUGCACAUUCUCAACAAUGGACCUGACAUGCUUGCUGGGGCUUGGGGGUUUGUGCACAGUUCCUUGUGUUUUAUAGAAUAUGGGCCAAAUUAACAGAAUGGAUAGUUUUUAUCAUUAUGUAUGUAUAGUUUAGAAGUUAUUCUUGUUUCCUUUUUGUUUUAAACUUGGGCAUUUUGCAGAUUCAUAACUAUGAACAUCAGAAAAUAACGUUUUAUUUUUCUUCAUUGCUAUGUGAGAACUAAAGGGCAGAUCAUCCAAAUCUAUUUUAGAUCAGAUAUGUAUUUGUGGUUUUAUUGUUGUUGUUGAGAGUUUUAAAAUUUUUUUGUGUAUUGAUGUUUUACUUGUAUGUCUAUGUACCAUGUGUACAGUGCCCAGGGAGGCCAGAAGAGGGCAUCAGACCCUGAAACUGGAGUCACAGAUGGUUGUGAGCAACCAUAUCGGUGCUGGGAAUUGAACCUGGUUCUUCUAGAAGAGCAAUCAAUGUUCUUAACCCCUGAACCAUCUCUCCAGCCCUUGUGUCAUUUAGUAUAAUGGUGCUGGCACUUCCACAAAUUGACUGUCAUGACAGCUGCUCCUCCUGCAUCUACUCACCGUCCCCAGAUUAUAAGAGGGGAUCCCCUUCUCUUGGGAUGGUAUGUGUUUUCUUUAAUGAAAGUUCCUUUUUUUAUUAUUUGAGAAGUUCAUGUAGUGUGUUCUGAUAACACUUGUCUCCCACCCCUUCCAUGCUCCCCCUUGUCCUCUUUACCGAGUCCAGUUUGUACUGCCCAAAUAGGUGUUAGGCUAGCAACCAGUUGGCCUACGAGGGACUAUACCCUUGGAAAUUGACUAUCCCUCAGAACCCAUCAGCUGCCAAUAGCGCCCCAGUUGGGGGGAGUGGGGUACUCAUGGGCUCACCCCUGCUGGAUGUUGAUCAGCUGGACCUUGAGUAUGUCUGAUGUUGUUUCCUGUUUGCCUUAAGCACAGCUUGACUUUUCUAACUGUGCCCGUCUGCCUUUAUUUCUUAUGGAUGUUUUCAAGGGAAUGAUUUUAUAUUCGAUGUAGUUUAUUUACUCCAUUGCAUUUAGUGAAUGCUUUUUUCUCCCUGAAAUAAUAUAUUUUACCAUUUGGGGAUUUACAUAAGUCAAAAUAAAGUAAAAGAUUUUCCUACACAGUUAACUCUA